AUGAAGCUUUCUACCAUCAUUGUUACGAUUUCUUGGAUGCUCUUUGCAGCUGACGCAUAUAUGCCCAUGGGUGUCACCACCCGACGAUCGACGAUGACCAUGAAACGAGGACGAGGAUCUUUCAAGAAGGAAGUCAAUGGAGGCGGAGACAAAUCCGUUGGUGGUGGGUCCACGGCUGGUAUGGGUCCCAGUCGCAACUGGAUCAACACCAACCAAAAAGUAGAGGUUCUACCCAAGGACGAUGGCAAAGUCUCGCUGUUGGAAACUGGCGCCUUUUUGUUGAAGGAUGCCGCCACCAACCCAAAUGGUGCCGUCGGUGUCGCAAAAUACGAAGGCGAAACUCAUUGCUUUGACUCUGCCUGUCCCCAGUGCAAAAUUCCCUUGACCAAGGCUAAGGUUCUUCCUGCCAACGAAGAAACUGGAUCUGCUCCUAGAUUAUCCUGCGACUUUUGCAAAUCUACAUACAACUUGAAGACUGGUGAAAAACUAGCUUCGGCCGAAAAAGCUGGUUUCUUUGGUGGAAUUGCUAACGCCGUCUUCUCGUCACAAGAAAACGGCCCUCUUCGCAUCUUUGCACUAGGAGAAAAGGCUGGAAAUAUCUUGUUUAGCAUGGACUAA